AUGCCAUACGACAUGCUUUCUCUCAUUGUUUCCAAAGUUGGUGCAACCUCAUCGGUUGAUUACGUCAACACCAUCCUCACAUGCAAGAAACUCAACAUCAGUUUUGAUAACUACUUUGUAGCCAAAGAUCUUGAUCUCCAGGCGUUGGUUCAGAGGCCACGUGAGGCUAACAACUACAAGAGCCUCAUGGAAAGUUGCUUAAGGAGAAACAACGUUGACGCCCAUUACGUGCAAGGUAUACUUGAAUACUUUGAGGGAAAAAAUAUAUUCAUUGAUUUGCACCAUCUGCGUGUAGCUGCAAGGAGGGGCCACAAAGAAGGACGUUUCAUCUAUGCUGUCCUAUUGAUGAGCUUGGGAAUAGCUGAUAAGGGAAAGAAAGCUUUGACAAAGCUCACAAAUGAACAUGGUCUCGCCACAGUUGAGUGUAUUUGGGGCAACGUUAGAUCAUCCUUGAACGGUAUUGACCUUCAAAUGAAGAAGGUGUACCAUCAAUCAGUUGCGAAGAUGACGCCAGGCCCCAAUUGCCACCCACCCGAGCUUAAAACGGCCUGUUCCGCUUGCUUCCAUCACUAUUUCCUCAAUGAGUUUGUCAAUUUGAUGAUGGGUCUCCAACCAACGGUCGAAGUUCUUUAA